UUCCCUUCUUAAUUAAAUCACCUAAUUUGGUUCUUAUUCGUAAAACACAAAGAUUAUCCUUAUACUAUACACACAAAUGUGUCCAAAAACUAAGUUAAAAACAAAGUCCAAACAACUUCACCUUAUACAAAGUCGUUAGUUUCUUCUUGUUGGCCUAUCUUUUCAUCACAAACACCAACUCUUAAUCUCUCUAACCAACCAAUAACCAUUUUCAAAUACAAGAACAAACCCAUUUAAGAAAAAUUAAGACAGAAAAAGAAACACUAACACCUCAUCACAUCACAUCACAUACUUUGUGACAUGAGUAUUGUAUAGUUUAUUUAUUGUUCUAUAUUGGUUAGAACUAAGAAGAAAAACUUGAUUCAAGAUUCAUUACAAUAUGGAAGUUUCAUGCAAGAUUUUGAGAAGAUCAAUUCAUAGUUUUCUCCAAAACUAUCAUUAUUUUACUUCUUCAAUAGCUUUUCUUGUUUUUCCUUUCUCAGCUUCAAUACUCAUCUCACAAGCUAUAGUUCCUUCUCCUUCAUCUCUUUUGCCUCAAAUUUAUAACCGUUUGAAGACUCUCUUUGAUGCUGCUGGUUUUCCUUCGUCUUCGUUAUUGUUCAACAUUCUUAACCUUAAGGUUUCUCAAACAAUAACUUGUUCAAUCUUUUCUCUUCCUUUCACACUCACUUUUCUUCUCAUAGCAAAAGCAUCCAUAAUCCAAGCUCUUAAACUCAAUCACAAUAAACCGUCUUUUCCACCUUCAUUCGCCUCAAUAAUAGCCCUUUACAAGCCACUUUUCCACACAUAUAUCUGCAACUGUUUCUUGAUUUUAUCGGCAAAUGCAACUUCUUUUUGUCUAAUGUUUUUGGCUUUCAGCUUCAUUGAAACACUUGGCUACUCUUCUCCUAGUUUCGUCCUCUUCCUGUCAGCGACCGGAGCAGUUCUCUUUUCUGUGAUUCUUGCCAAUGCACUUGUGAUAUGCAAUAUGUCACUUGCUCUAUCUGGUAUGGAGGGGCGUGGCGGAUACUCAGCAAUUCUGAAAGCUUGUAUCUUGCUAAGAGGAAAGACAUCAAUGGCUUUGUUCUUGGCACUUCCUGUCAAUGUAGCCUUGGCUGCAAUUGAGGCCUUGUUUCAUUUCAGGGUUGUAAGGGAAUAUCAUAUUGUUGGAAAGCCAAAGCCUUUAGUGGUUUUAGAGGGGAUUUUCAUCGCAUACUUGUACUCAAUCUUCAUCAUCCUUGACACCACCGUGAGCUGCUUGUUUUACAAAAGCUUUAAGACAGGAGAAUCAUGCAUCGGUCAGGAGGACAUGCAUUUUCAAGAUGAAGGCAAUUAUGAUUACAUUGACAAUAAGAGUUUCGAAGAACUACCAUAAUUAGUAACAUGAAGUAGCAUUUUAUUAGUUUGACCAAGGCUUUUUCUUUAUGCAAGAGAAGGAGCUAUAGCAGGUAUUUACCAAUUUAUUCAUGUUGGCAGAAAUCGAACUGCUUUGAAGGCAUAAAGAGUUUCGAUUGAGCAACCUCAUCUUAGUUACGUGCAAAGACAAGAAGUUGGGGAAAUUCAUAUACUGCAGUGUUUUAUAUAAAUGUCUGUCAUAUUCUUAAACUCUGUAUUUUGAUUUCAUAAGUUCUACUUUGUAGAUUGGCAAUAUUUUACAGUGUGAAUAAGACACAUGAUUCGGUGUUAA